UAAUAUUCCUAUAAAUUGCAAAGUAUCCUACUGAAAUCUUCCAUUUGAAAAAUGAAGCCGUUUAGAGUGUGUUUUCUGUUCAUUUGCUAUUUGACUAUUAUAAUCAUAACAUUCGUAACAGAAUCCGUCCAAGAAAAAAAUGUUCAACAAUAUAGCGACACGUUUCUAAAAGACUUACCACUUUACUACUGUCAUCCUUCUCUUAUCACCGAUGACGGUGUCGUUGAACGAACCUGCAAAAUUACAUUUUCUGCAGAUAUACCUCAGUCAGCAAAAGCUAGAGCAAGAACAGCCUCUAGUAUUGUUACAAAAAGAGGAAAUCAAUUUAAAAAUUUUAUGUUGGGUAAGGACACUUCCAAAGAUGCGAGUAAUCGAGGUCAGAAAGGAUCAUAUAUACCAGUAAAAUCGAACGGGAAAAGAGACGAUUCGACUUCUACUGUUUAUGGUAUUUACACGGGACCGAGUGACAUGGACAUUUUUCAAAAAUGGCUGUCGUCGUAUUAUUUACAAUAGGUCUUGAAUUUUCAAAAAUAGGAUCUUCAUACAAUAUUCAUCAUCGACGUCAUUGAUUAUAGAUAAGCUUCUGUGUAGAAAGUUUUCUAGUCUUCUGUAGUUUCUGAAGCCUAGAACUAAUAGUAAAAUAUGUAUUAAUUGAUUUAUAUUUGAAUUGAAAUAAAAAUAGUAAAAAAAAGUUUGUUUUAUUAUAGUCGUAGUAUCUUUAGUUAUCUAUACAUAUUUACAAUAUAAUAUAAUAUACUCUCAAAAGUACGGAGUUAAUAGUUCUACUAAAAAUAAUAAUAUAUAUAUUUGGAAUAAAUGGUAAUGAUCAUUA